AUGGCUCCCGAGGAGGAAAACCUUUUAGAACACGCACCUCUUGAAGAAGACGACACCGUAGAACCGCCGAAACAUACCCGAACACUUCUCUUUAGACUGGGCCUGUCCUUCUUUCUCUUCGGUCUAAUCAAUAAUGUGCUGUAUGUCAUCAUUUUAUCAGCAGCACUUGACCUCGUCCCUCCCUCAACCCCAAAGGGCAUCAUCGCAUUCUGCAACAUCGCUCCCUCUCUCGUAGCGAAGGUCGGUUGGCCCUAUCUUUUAAAGGGAAGAAUAAGAUAUAUCAGAAGGAUUCUGGGAUGCUGGAUUCUGAGCACACUUGGUAUGAUUGUCGUAGCCGGGUUUGACACUUUGGAAAUGCGGCUCUUGGGAAUUAGCCUUGCUUCUUUCUCGUCAGGGCUAGGAGAGCUGACGUUCUUACAACGGUCCACAACUUAUCGACCCCCGUCUGUUGGAGGGCGCAGUGUCGGGUAUUUUGCAUCCGGGACUGGUGCCGCAGGCCUGGUGGGUGCGUUCAUCUGGUGGGAGAUGAGGAGUCUGGGCGUGCGCACGGGUGUCGGGAUCUCAGCAAUAUUCCCGCUCAUCAUACCAUUGACUUAUUUCUUCAUCCUCCCGCGAACAAAGGAAUUCUUGCACCUUUCCAUUCCUGACUCUGAGUCCGCGGAUGCCUUAGCGUCAACGUCGGAGUAUGCACCAAUACCAGAGACAGAUGACUUGGAGUCUAUGGAAGAAAACAGCAGAUUCAAGGGUACACUGGCAUCUCCUGGCAAGUCUGCCGCUGUUGCACUCUCUGCGCAAGAUAAAUGGGAACUCGUUAAACCUCUGUUGCUCAAGUAUAUGCUCCCUUUAUCCUGUGUCUAUCUCUUUGAAUAUACGAUCAACCAAGGAAUUGCGCCAACGCUCGUAUAUCCUGUUCCAGCACCCCAGGAUCAUCCGCUGAUGAGCCUUCUAAUCCAUUCAAUUCGCGAUUACUACCCCCUCUGGCAGCUGGUGUACCAAACAACCGUAUUCCUUUCCCGCUCUUCCAUCUCCUUAGGUCUUCCCCCUUUACCAGGCCGGUUACUAUCCAUGCCAGCUAUUGUACAAUUUGGUAUCCUUGUCAUACUUGCACUAGAAUCGGGUGUGGGGCUUAUCCCUGCCGAUUCCGAGGGCCUCGCCGCUGGGAUUGUUUUUGUUCUGAUUAGCAUUGAAGGUGUAUGCGGCGGACUUGCCUACGUAAACGUCUUCUACAGAAUAAACCAAUCCCAUCGACACUCUCCCACUCCUUCCUCUUCCUUCGACCCCUCUAAUCCUUCUAAUCCUUCUAAUUCAGUCGCAGACGAACGUCUCAAACAAGAACACGAGUUCCAAAUCGGGUCAAUCGGGUUCGCCGACUCGUCAGGUAUCCUCCUUGCCUCGCUAGUCGCGAUGCCCACAGAGGUUAGUCUGUGUAAAGCACAGAUUGCGAGAGGGAAGAUGUUGUGUGGGCAAUUGUGAUAAUACUCUUCAUGUGUAGAAAUACAAACGUGGAACCGAGGAAGGAAGGAUAAUGCAUCCAUGAUCGUGGUCGGUAUUACAUUUGGCUUUAUAUUUUGAUAUUGUAGUGUAUGGUAUAAUUUCUUCUUGGAAUCGGAAUAAUAUCGAGUUUAUUGUACAACUUUCAGAAUCCAAGAC